AAAGCCAUCCAUAAUUGAUGCUAGCUGUAGCUGUAGGCAGACACUGGCAGGCUGGACUUUAUACCGCAGCUGGAUGUGCAUGGAGGAAAGCAGAGGCGAAAUGGUAGAGCAGGACACACCCGCAUCCCCGGACUCAUCCAUGGCCCAGGCUUACCCAUCAGCCCAGUUUGCCCCUGCAUCCCAGAACGGCAUUCCAGCUCAAUUCGCAGCUUCACACCCUCAUCCACAUCCACUCUCCCACCCACAUCCACACCAGCACCCAGCAGCACCACCGGACUAUACUGGGGUCCAGGCCUCCAUUAGUGAGCAUCCGCUCAACAUGUACCAGUCCUUGCAGAGCCACAGUGAUCAGGGCGGGUCAGAGUCCAGCUGCCAGACGGUCACAGGCACAGCUACACAGACAGAUGAUGCCGCUCAUACGGACAGUCAGCCACCAACACAGGCUGUACCUGAAAGCACAGAUAACAAGGCCCAACCCAAGAGACUUCAUGUCUCCAACAUCCCCUUCAGGUUCAGAGACCCAGAUCUCAGGCAAAUGUUCGGUCAAUUUGGAAAAAUCUUAGAUGUGGAAAUCAUCUUCAACGAGCGCGGUUCCAAGGGUUUUGGAUUUGUAACAUUCGAGCACAGUGUGGAUGCCGACAGAGCCAGGGAGAAAUUACACGGCACCGUGGUAGAAGGUCGUAAAAUAGAGGUCAACAAUGCAACAGCCAGAGUAAUGACAAAUAAGAAGACAGUAAACCCAUAUGCAAAUGGCUGGAAGUUAAAUCCAGUGGUCAGCGCUGUCUACAGCCCAGAAUUCUAUGCAGUACCAGGUUUUCCCUUCCCAGCAGCCAGUGCAACGGCAGCGUACAGAGGAGCCCACCUACGGGGACGAGGAAGGACAGUAUACAAUACGUUUAGAGCAGCUGCACCGCCUCCCCAUAUGCCAGCUUAUGGAGGUGUUGUUUACCAGGAUGGAUUUUAUGGUGCAGAUAUUUAUGGUGGUUAUGCUGCCUACAGAUAUACCCAACCUACUGCUGCCACAGCUGCUGCAUUCAGUGACAGUUACGGACGAGUAUACGCUGCCGACCCCUACAACCACACACUCACUCCAGCAGCCACAUACAGCGUUGGUGCCAUGAACGCAUUCACCCCACUGACAGAUGCCAAAACUCGGAGUCAUGCUGACGACGUGGGGCUGGUGCUGUCCUCUCUCCAGGCCAGUAUAUACCGGGGAGGCUACAGUCGCUUCACACCCUAUUAGCACCACCUCCGACCUCUAAUCAACCUUCCAACAGGACAGAAAGAAAGUGUGUGUAUGUCUGAGUGUGUGAGCGAAUGAGAGACAAAAGGAGUUAUCAGUUAAAGGUGUACUGAGACCCGGGUAUUGCAAUACAUGCAGUUUGUGCAUAAUUUCAUCAUCUCCUGAGAGAGAAGUACAAAAAAAGAAUACGAAUAAAAUGACAGCUGAUAUUUUUCAUCUUAUACCUCAGAUAUUUUGUGCUGUGUAUUUUGAUAUUGUGGGUUUUUAAUUUCUAAAGAUUUGAACAUAGAUUAUCAGCUGUAGAGUUUUUUUUCCCCUGGUACUAAGAGAGAGCUGCUAUAGUAACGAUAAGGUUCCAGUGGGAAUAUUUAUCAAAUUCAAAUUUUUAGGGCUUGUAAAGAGCUCCAACUCUGUAGGAUACGUCAUAGUCACCCUUGAGAUUUUUAUGUUUCCUAAGAGUGUUUAAGCGACUUUGCUAGUCAAGUGUUGUUGUUUUACUUCUCUCAGCUUCCUUUGGAAGUUCCUCUGUCAGUUUAGAAAUUAUAGUUUUUCUUACCCUGGUUUGGGAGAAGGUUAAGAAGAGUUGGAAACAUGAAGGUACGAAGAGUUAUUCUCUGAGCUUUUGAGAACAGAAUGGAUGAGUUCGAGAAGCUGAGAGCAGCAAUGGUUGAUCAUUUUGGUCCAUGGUCUAAAAUUCAUGAGCCUUUAUCUUCUAAUAUUGAAACUACGACCACAUGCUAUUAAUUUAUUUUGGCUAAUCUGAAAGAACAUAAUUUGUAUCUGCAUGGUCACAAAAAAUGCUUUUAUUGAGGCCUGAAAUCACUCAGAACAGCUCAUCUUACAACAUGAGCUGUUUUGAUUUGUACCAUGAAAUGAGAAAUUUGCAUUAAAUUUGAAUUAUAAGACAAUAAGUAAAAACUAUAAAAUGAGGUCUCCUACUCAUAUUCCCUUAGGUGAAUGCAAUAUGUUUAUGUAGUAAACAGCACAAGUAUUUACUAAAUAACUACAAAAAAUAUGUCCUCUUCUUAUGAUGAAAAAAAUGCCACAAUGUAUUUAAUGAGAAUUUUUGUUUUUGUCAAUUAUCCUGAGAUAAUGGAGUAAUUAAGUCAUGAUUGCUGAAAAUAAAAUAAGCCAAUUUUUACCAAUCAGAGCUGCUCUCAGACAUGUGGUUCAGUCUUCCUGACAGGGAGAGGAUGCUUUGAGUCAUGUUUUAGGUGUGUUGACUUAAUAAUGAGGUUUUAUCUCUUCAAGCCAAAGGUUGUUAUGGACAUAUCUGGUGUGUUUAUGUGUAUAGUCAAGAUUCCACAUAGAUAUGAAUUAUGAGCUAAGUAAAAAAAAAAAAAAAAAGAUUGUCAUGGCAACUGAACUGUUCAACUAUUUAAUGCUUACUCCAAUGCUGAGAUAUGAAAAAUAAUUAGGGCCAAGUUAAUAUGAAAACAUGCUACUUGUGAAAAACAGAUGUCUAAGUUGUGACUUAGAAUUUGAUGGUUUGAAGUUUUUGGCACUAAUCCUCUUCCAUACAGAGCAGUGUUGGCCAUCCAGAUGUAGAUGUUUUUUAUAUAAACUUCCAAUAUAUUAAUUGGUAUAACUGAUGGUUUUUAUAUUACAGGAAAGAUUUAAAAAGUAUAUAUAGCAGUGGCCAAAACCACUGUGUCUAUUUGAUCAUUUUGUCAAAUUUGUUCUUCCUUUGUUUUUGUUGUUUAUUUGUUUAAUAAUUACAAUUUCUGGGGGGUAAAGUAUGAUAAUCCAACAAUGUAUUAUAUUUGAACUGUGCAGUGAAUAUGUUCCCUUAUAUGAAAUACACAAUGGUAUAAUGUUUUAGAUUUAGAUGAAUAGAUCAGUUGUUAGGGCAAGUGAUCUCAUUUUCUAUCAAAUCAUACCCUGAUUUUUAUUAACUCUUUUCAAAUAAUCGUAUAGAUACUCUCAUUCAUGUGUUCUUUUUUUGUCCACUGUAUUUUUUGCACAUUGUAAUUUUCACAUGAAACUGACACAUAUCAGUGCUGUAGUUGUAAUUUUUCUUAACAUUUUUUUUUAUCGGUUUUGCAGUUUCUGAUUUUCUUUGCACUCAUGUUGAUAUUAAUGUGACAUCCUCUAGUUUAUUUUCUGCAACUCAGACUUUACUCUUUGAAAAUUACUGUUUGAAUAUUACAAAAGUAAAAAAUAUGGGACAUUAACUAUUUGUGGACAGACGAUGAUGUAAAUAAAAGUUAAUGACAUAAAUCUGCAGUGCAUUUUAAAAGCACUACAUUGGCAAUAGGAUCUAGGCUAUGGCUGCAUUGCAAGCAAGCCCAUAAGCAAUUUCCUCUGCCACAUUCUGUUUACAACUAUUCCCAAUUAUUGGUGUUGUUACAUAUCUCUCUUUUGUAUUUAUGACAAAUUAGAUAGGAGAACUCUCAGAUGCAUCACAUUAUAAAAAAGGCAACGGUGAGAGCCUCUGUGCCUUUUGGCUCUGCUGGUUCAAACCAUCGUCUGUGUACUGUGUGUGAGGACUAUCGGUCUGAACCUAGACGACUCUUAGUCCUCACUAUGCUGAAUGUCUGACUACGCAACUACUUUAUCAAAGCUCUGCUUCCAGUAGGUGUUGUGGUUCAAAACAAAGCUUCCGACUUCCUAUUCACUGUAUGUGCAUGUACUAUGGUUCUUCCACUAAUCAAUA